UGCUGGUAUUGGAAAAAAAUUACUCUCCUUCCAGUCCCUAAAUGUGGCGAGGAGAUUUUCAAGGGACCGCUCCUCGUGUUUUGAAACGGUGCUUAGCCUGGACAAAAUGGAUUUUACGCCAACUGACACAGCGGUGUCCGAGCUUUCCCUCUGAUAGAUAGGAGGUUAUGCCUACCAGUUAUUUCGAAUUGUACAAGAACAGGUUAAGUACGGUGCUGAUGGAAAAAUCUCUCAGUCUCACGAUCUCACUAAACAUACACUAGUAACGGCAGAUUGAUGAGACACAACCAUGAAUUCACCUCCCACUGUGACGAGCUCUGCCAGGGUGGUGGUGGUUGGUGCUGGGCUGGCAGGCUUGGCCGCAGCGUCCACAUUGGUUCAGGCGGGUUUUAACAACGUCCAGGUCCUGGAGGCUAUGUCCAGGCCCGGGGGCCGGAUUAACACCACGAGGCCCUUCGGCCCAGACGUCAUCGAACUUGGCGCCAACUGGAUCCACGGGCAGAAAGGAAACCCCUUGUUCGACCUGGCCAAGAAACACAGCCUGCUGUCGGAGGGCACCUCCGCCACCACCAUGUGCCUGCCCGCCUCGGUUACGCCGCGCGACUACUUCUUCGAUGAGGGCGGGAGACAGCUCCCCCCGGGGGACGUGGAGCAGGUGUGCUCCCUCUUCAGCAAGCUGACGUCCCGUGCUUUCGACAACAAGCUGGAGAAGAGGUACCACUCGGAAAGCCUUGGCCGCUACCUGGACGAGGCCUUCGCAGCGUCGCCCCUCGCCUCCGCCGUCAAGGACGCGGCGAAGAUCUUCGAGUGGUGCAAGAGGAGCGAGUGCACGGACGAGGCCAGCUCGUCCCUGUACGAGGUGUCUGCCCUGCAGAUCAGCGAGUACACUGCCCUGCCCGGUGGCUUCUUUAACUGCCUGGGUCCCGGGGGCUACCAGGCGGUGGCUGACGUUCUCCUCAGAAGCCUUCACCCGGGAGUGCUGCUGUGUGACAGGCAGGUGACGCGCAUCCAGUGGGGGCUGGAGGGAGAGGCCCACCCGGUGAGGGUGCUGUGCGCAGACGGCCAGGAGCUCAAGGCCGACCAUGUCAUCGUGACCGCCUCCCUGGGGUUCCUGAAGGAGAGGGCGUCGGCCCUGUUCGAGCCCGCCCUGCCGGACGCCAAGAUGAGGGCCAUCGAGAGGCUGGGCUUCGGCACGGUGGACAAGAUCUUCCUGGACUUCGGCGAGAGGUUCUGGCCGGAGGACUGCGCUGGGAUCCAGCUGGUGUGGGAGGAAGGGCCGGAGGACCAGGGCGUGCACCGUCUGAUGUCUGAGGGGGAUGCCUGGAAGGCCACAUGGUACAAGAAGAUCUGUGGUUUUGAUAUUGUGGCCCGUCACCCCACUGUCCUGUGCGGGUGGAUCACAGGGCGGGAGGCCCAGUAUAUGGAGACCCUGGGGGAGAAGGAGGUUGGCGAGGUUUGUGUGAGGUUGCUGAGGUCCUUUACUGGCUGGCAGGUCCCCGAGCCCAAGCAGGUGCUGCUGUCCACGUGGUGGAGUAACCCGUAUGUGAAGGGGUCGUACACAUUCAUCCCUCAUGGUGUGAGCGGGGUCAGGGAGCACAAGGCCCUGGCUGCACCGCUGCCACCCACUGCCACCCACACCAGCACAAAGCCUCUCCAGGUGCUAUUUGCGGGUGAGGCCACGCAUGUGAAGUUUUACACCACCACCCAUGGUGCUUACAUCACAGGGAUCAGAGAAGCUCAGCGGCUCAUCGACCUCUACAUCGACCUCUGAACAGAAGCAAGAUUCUUCGAAGAAGCAAUAUAGUGCAGAGCUAUAAAGUGAAUGUAACUCUAUGCAGGAAUUCAAGCUGCCAGCCACUUGUAUGAAAGCGGAGUUUGUUGUUGUUUGUUUAUUGAUCAAGCAUUGAUUGAGUAUUUUUUUUUGUAGAAAUGUGUGUAUUUCAUUGUACAUGCUUUCCUACUAGGAUUUAAUCACUGAAAAUAAUCAGGAUACUGCCAAUCAGCACUGAACAGAAAAAUAUUUAUUGUAUUGGCUUCU